AUGAUGACUUUUAGUUCGACUCGUUCAGUUCCGAAAGAAUGUGUGCUUCUCUCUUCCAAGGGAGUUAUGGAAGAGUUGGGAUCCACCUUGAAAUGUGGGCUUUGUUCGGAUUUUAUUGAAAAUAAUCGGGAGUGUUUGAAAUGUAAUGCUUUGUUUUGCAAUGCUUGCUUGGGACAAUGGAUGAAAGAAUACAAAAGCUGUCCCAACUGCAAAGUAGCUGUGGCUUCCUGUGAGGAAGGCUUUGUAUUCAAUUCGGUGGUUCAUCGUUUGGUAAAUAAUUUAGAAGUAAUGUGCCCAAACGCUAACAAGGGUUGUACUAAUCCCGUUGUCAAGAGAAGUGACUAUUGGUGUCAUGUCGAGAGAGAAUGCAAGGGAAGAACAGUACAAUGCCCAAAUUGCAAAUUUGGAUGUAAUUUUGAUGGAACAGCUCUAGAACUUGAGACUCAUCUUGUCGAUGAGUGUUUGUUCGAAAAGGAGCUUGUCAAAAAUUAUAUUGCAAACUUUUCUGGUGAUCAGAGCAAUUAUGCAAAAGUAAAUGAGUUGCUGUCUGCUGAUAAUCUUCAACUACAAAGAGAUAUCGAAGCAGUGACCAAGAGACUUGAAAUGACAGCACAAGAUUUACAAAACCAAAAAGAGCAAAAUGUACAGCUUGUUAAACAAAAGGAAGCACUUCAGCAACAAAUUCAGCAACUUAAAGAGCAAAUGCUUCAACAAGAUAAGAUUAUUCAACAACUUCAAAUGCAACUGCAGCAAAUAAUGGUUCCACCUCAAAUUGUGCAGCCCUUGGUACAGCAAAUUCCACCAACCACAAACACAGAAUUCAAGGAGUUCUUACCUCCUCCUCCGCCUUAUUCUCCGUCUCCAAACAUGUCUUAUAUUCAACCCCCUCCUAUGGUUGUUUUACCACCCAAAAAUUUAGAUUCUACGGUAAAACAGUUUGGACCAAAUUCCAAGGUAGGUAAACCAACAAACACUGAGGUCAAUGGAUGGGAGGCAGUUCUUGAAGUCGACGACUCGAUUACUGUAGGUGAUAAUGUUAAGGGUUUUACAAAACACGGAAAUGUAGAAAAGAAAUUCUCUGGCUUUAUAAGAAAUGGUGUCAUGGACGUCAACGUCGAUUGGAGUGAUGGUAGAAGAGCUAAAUACUUUGCCAAUAAUGUCGAGCUAAUUUCAGGAGCUCCAAUCAGAUUAGCGUUUGUCAUUGUGGCCGUAGGAAAGCAAGGAGGUGCUGUUGGCGACGAAGGACUCAAUUCAACGGUUGCCUUUCGUUUUAAAAUUAAAAAAAAUGUCACCUCUCAAGAUCAUGUAAAAUCACUCGUUCGUGGUGUCUUGUAUGGUCUCAUUGCAGGUGAUCACAAUCACGGACCUCAAGCCAUGGGAAUCAUUGUGGCCAAACAACUCGUUCAACUACAACAAGAACAACUACCAUCCAAUUCCGUGGACACGGCAUCAUCCACUCGAGUGUUCCUGGAUCAUCCUCAUUCCCUACUCAACAAUAUCUUUUCAGACUAUCUCAUUUGGUAUUAUCAUAAACAUGUUGGAUGGGAUGACACUGGUCAAAUUGGAAAAUUAAUUUUUUCAUCCUUUCCAUUAUUGAAAUCCACAAAUUCCAAUAAUAAUUAUUUUCAAACUCAUGAUUCUGUCAAGGAACAAUAUUUGGAGAAAAUAAUUCAAAGUGCAAAAAUCGAUCAAGAUUUGAAUGGACAAACCGGUGGAGUGAAUCCAGCUCAUCGGAAUGUUAUUUUGAGUAUGUUUCGAGGAUGGUCUUCGAUGGAUGAAUUAUUACAGUUGGCACAAAUGGAAACUAGAAUGACACAUUAUUCGUGGUUUGCAGUGGAGGUUUCCAUGUUGCAGAAUUAUAUAUGUCGUCGAUGGAUUGAGUCAGCUGCUUUGUCAUCGUUGGAUUCGACGAAUCAAAAUGAAAUCCAAAUGGUUCCUCCUCUUUCGAUUGUGACCAUUUGUAAAACUUUAUGGAACAAUUUCAAAAUUUCAACAAUUUCUCACAACGAAAAAGUCUUUCAAAAGAAUUAUUGA